UUUCAGUACCGCCAUCUGCCAGUAUGCCGAGUACCACCGAGUGUCAAUAGUUUAGUUUAUGUCGGUUUAUGUCGGGACCAGUCGGGAUAUUCGGUUGGGACAUAGCCUAUACGAAUUGGAGCCCAGUGGCCGAGGAUGAGUGACAAGAUGGCACGUCAGCAGGACUUCAGCGAUCUCUUCAACGUGAGAAAUAACUUCUACAUCGGCAACUACCAGCAAUGCAUCAACGAGGCACAGAAGAUCAAGACGUCGAUUCCGGAAGUGGCUAUGGAGCGCGACGUCUUCCUUUAUCGCGCAUACAUAGCGCAAAGGAAGUUCCGUGUGGUGCUAGACGAGAUCAAUAAUUCGUCCCCGCCAGAAUUGCAACCGCUGAAGACCCUGGCCGACUACUUCGCCAAUCCACAUCACCGGGAGGCCAUAGUAGCCGAAUUAGAUAAGGAAACUAAGAAUGUAAACUACGAGAAUCAUAAUUUUCUGAUUGUGGCAGCGACCAUUUAUUACCAUGAGAAGAAUCUGGAGGCUGCCCACCGGGUGAUAUGCACCUCCAACAAUCUGGAGUGUAUGGCGCUGACGUUACAGAUAUACCUCAAAAUGGACCGUUUGGAUCUGGCUCGCAAGGAGCUCAAGGCAAUGCAAGAGAAGGACGACGACGAUACCUUGACUCAGCUCGCUCAGGCAUGGAUAAACAUUAGCAGCGGUGGUGAAAAAUUGCAAGAUGCUUAUUACAUCUUUCAGGAAAUGAUUGACAAGCAUUCCAGCACAAGUAUGUUACUGAAUGGCCAGGCUACUUGUUUUAUUGGACAAGCAAAAUACGAGGAGGCGGAGACGGCCUUGCAAGAAGCUCUUGAUAAAGAUAGUAAUAAUCCAGAUACAUUAAUCAAUAUGAUUGUCCUCUCGCAGCAUAUGGGCAAACCACCAGAGGUGGCGAAUCGUUACCUUUGUCAAUUGAAAGAUUCUCACUUGGAGCAUCCUUUUGUUAAGGAAUACUUGCAGAAGGAAAUUGAAUUCCAUAGACUUAAAGAACAGUAUUCAUCUUCCGCCUGAGUACCCCUGAAUAGAUUAUGGCAUUCCGUGGGAUAAGAUCGAUUAAGUAUUGAUUAUGAAUGGACCUAAGUGUGGACUAUACAUUGAAAAAGUUUGACUCCAUUGAAGGUGUCCAAUAAGCAAAGCUUCUUCUUAGCCGGAAAACUUUUCUUUUGAAGCUGAAACAUCCAUAGAUAGAUCCGAUAGUUUAUGCAGUGCAUUUCAAACCUUUUAAUUAUUGAAAAAAAUAUAUUUUUUAAAUUAUAUUUGAUUUUUGUUGAGAGCGAAUCAAAGUCUGUCCAUAUAAUAUUAAUCUUUAGGCUUUCAAAUACACUUUUAGGAUAUGUUAUGCAUAUAUGAGGAUUUAUAAAACGUUCUAAUUAUCUCUAGGAUCUCGGAAUAGAAAACGUGCAAUUUUUCUAAAUAGAGACAUUUUGUUUGCAGAUGUUCUAUAAUAUUGAGACAUUUUGUUUUUAUAAUAAGCUAUACAUGCUGACAGAAAAUAGAUAUAGCAGUUAUACAAAUAAUGAAAACAUUCGGAAUUGCAAGAACCAAGAUGUAUGUGACUGGAAAUGUUGAUCCAUUUUAUCGUAAUGUUACACUUUCAUUACAUAAUCAUGAAAAUAUGGCUGCCAUUUUAUAAAAUUAUAAAUCAUCGUCAAAACUAGAGAUAUACUAUUUCGUGUGUAAACAUCUCUUCAUACAAUAUUCGUAUAUUGCCAAUUUAGAGAUGUAACAGAUAAGCGAAAUAUUAAAAUAAAAUAUUUCGUACAUUAUAAAUAUAAAAGUGUCGGGAAGUCUUUUUUAAUUUUCAAAUUGCCCCUCAAUGUUUGUAAAUAUCGUUAUAGAAAUAAUUUAUGAUUAACUUAUAAAAAUAAAGUCUUACAUCGUUAAUUGUA